UUCAAUGGCAGAAUCUACCAUACUAACCAGUCUUUCUUUAUCUUUAAUGUAAUUUUAUUACUCUGCCAUUGUUUUGUUUUCAAGCAAUUAAACAAAAGUAAAGAGCAACAAGAACAAGACAAGCAUAAAUUUUCUUCUCAGAUUUCUGACCUGCUUCAAUAUAUUCACUUUAGCUGCAUAAUAAUAUUAUCUAAAUCAAUUUCUCUUUUAACUCAGUCACUAUAUAGUUCUGGGUAAUCACUGAUUGUUCUCCUCAAGGAUUUACUAUGGUGUAUCAUUACUUCACAAGGUUUCAUUUUCUCUUCUUACAAUGUCUUCUCUGAUCCGGCAUAAUCACAGCAGAUGGAGCCAUGGAUCUCUGUAAUAAAUACUGUUUUCAUCUCAAAUUCUUCUUCCUCCGGGCAACUGUUUGCUUUUUUCUGGUCUCUGUCUGUUUCCUUUUUAUGUUACAGACUUACUGGAAGCAGCCAAACUGAUAAAGAUUCACUGAAACACCCAGUCAUUACUUAUUAGGGAGUUUAAACAAAACCAAAACAAAAAAAGAAAAACCAAAUUUUACUCUGUUGUCUCUUCUUUCUCUUUUGCUUUUUCUUUCUUCGUUUGCUUCCUUUUUCCCUUCCUCCAGCCCCUUCUGCCUCUCUAUUGAGCCCUCCGAAGCUUCAACCUUGGUGGGUUUUAAUGCUCGCCUUUUGGUGGUGUAUCUUAAGCUGCGGGGCUCCUUUAUAUGAGGUUUCUGGUUCUGGGUUUCGAGAAUGGUAAACGUAGAUAAGCCACAUGUGGGUGAUGGAGGAGAAUGGAGUCAUCGUCGUUCCGUCGACGGUAGCGAAGAAGGGAGUGAAGCCAGCGUAUGCUUCUCUGAUGCUGAUGAUCAGUCGUGGCAUUCUCCGUUUGAUUCCACUGCUGGUGGGUCUUACGAUGAGCAUAGGUUAUCUUGCGUCUCUGAUCCCGAGAUUGGGGAUGUUUCAGAUCAGCGCAGGAACUCCUGCGUAUCGGAUCGUUCGGUAGAGAUAGAUUUGGAGGCUGGAGCUCCGGAGAUUAAGGUGCAUUUGGCUACUAAAGAGGAGAAGGAUUGCAGGAUUUGUCAUCUGAGCUUGGACUCUGUUAAUCAUGAAUCUGGGAUUCCUAUCGAAUUGGGUUGUUCGUGCAAGGAGGAUUUGGCUGCGGCGCACAAGCAAUGCGCCGAGGCCUGGUUCAAGAUAAAAGGAAACAAGACCUGUGAAAUUUGUGGUGCAAUUGCACGGAAUGUUGUUGGUGUAAAUGAGACCCAGUUUAUGGAGCAAUGGAAUGAGACAAACACAGUAACGGCCACAACAGGAACAGCUGCAACUACUCCUUAUUCAGAGAACAGGAGCUUCUGUCAUGGCCAUCGUUUCCUGAAUUUCCUGCUUGCUUGCAUGGUCUUUGCCUUUGUCAUCUCUUGGCUCUUUCACUUCAACGUGCCAUCAUGAAAUUCUGCAGAGCGUAUUCCAGCAUUUCUUUCUCUACGAUAGAUGAGGAGCAGCAAGGAAGCAAGCAAAGCAAAGCCUGAAGCUCCAGAGUGUGGGUAACAAGUGAGAGUACCUCACCCCUAUUUCAAUCAAAUACCCCUUCUGCAUCCAUGGGCAGGGGUUAUUUCAUAUAUGUAAUUAUACGUUUGUACUUUUGUCUUCAAUUCAGAACUAUUUUAACUUCAACCUUACUGGGUUCUUCCUUGAAAACAGAUUGGUAUGGUUUUUGUUUGUUGAAAAUAUAGUUCAGAUAAGAGAAUCAGGAUAAGUUGCAAAGCCUGAAUCUCCUUUUUUUGUUGA